CGUAAAAUUUUGCUGGUAAUACCGUGUUUUUUGUCUUUUUUGGGACAUUGGUGCUUACAUCUGAUGAGCCAUUGGCAAAGGUUAGGUGGAAUAGGUAUAUGUAGUUAUUGGUUAUUUCCACUCUGAUAUGACGGGAAUUAACGCAUAUGACGAAGUAGAUUUCUAAUCUACGAUUUUGUCAGGAUUUUGUGUUUGGAAGAAUCAUGAUAAGGCUGAUUAUAUUAAAGUUAUUCAAACUAUCGUACCUUAUAGGUCAUAAUGAUGCAAAUCUAGGUAAAACCAGAAUAUCGUGUGGAAAGUUGCAUCAGCAAGUGACCUAUUGUUAGUUCACUUGAUUAACACAAUUAUAACUUAAUACAAUUAUAAUUAACACUUUUCGGUAAAAAAAUUGGGGUUCAGAAAUGUUGUGCUCAAACUGUUCCUCAGUAUGUCCCGGAAACGCCGCAAAUCGUUCAUGGUCACUCGCAGAUUAUCUGAAUUGACCCGUUCGUCGAUUUUGAUCGAUUGUUUUCCUGUUGUCCCUGUCACACGCUAUUUGCUUCGAAUUGAAGCGAGAAAGCUGACCACGUCUUCCAGUUUCGAUUUUGGGGGGAUUCACCACUUCGCCUCAGUGUGUGCGGCCCAUGUCGAUGUCAGAUAAGAUAAGAUUUCCAAGUUUCGCCCGCUUGACCGCGCUAAAAGACAUUUUCACCUAUUUGUAUUACAUGAACCUGGUAGGGCAGACGGGUUUUACGAGAUUUUGCGGUUAUACGCAGCACCGUGAUAAUUCGAUCCUCAGAUGACACGGAUUUUAUUGGCGGCUCCAAUUCGUUAGAAUUUGAAGAAACUCUCCGGGCUUCAUCGGUAGACGACGUGCUCAGUCAGUACGAACAGUAUGGUAGUACGCCUCCACGGACGAGGAUAAAGAAUAAAAGCAGAAGUUCCAGACAAAGAAUGGAGGGUGCCGUGAAAAUGAGAACCGGUGGACGUCUGGCGCGGCCACGUGCCGAUCGGCGCAACACAGUUGACUGUGCGAUUCUUAACCAAUUGAUAAUGGAACCGAAUGGAGAGGAAAAAGCACGCACCGACAAGAGAUCAACCCAACUACUGCGUGACUCGGAGCGUGAGAUUAAAAUGGCAGCUGCGGCAAAUACAGUAUUUACACGAAACUCGGUCAACUUUGGUCCAACUGUUGGAUCGAUUGAAGAACGAGCAGAAAGUAUGCCAAUUACAAAUGUUACAACGGGGAUUUCGCCGACGGUAGUUCCAGCACUCAUAGAAUCUUGCAGUCGUUUCAUGAGUGUUAAAUCGAGACCCAUAGGCUGCAGAACGUCUGCUCCACCAUCGGCUUUUGCAAACUUCAGGGAUUCUUCGGUGAACUUCACUACGACAGAUAUACCCCAGAAUAGGAUCGCAUUCCACGAUACCUUUUCUAAUCUAAUUAAACUAGGUAGCAUUGACAAGGAUCGCACUAAUCGAAACGUAAUAUCGACUGAAGAAAGGCUCUGGCAGACGCAUGCCAAUGAUUUAAUAUGGUUGGAGCUGCAAGCUUGGCAUGCCGAUCGAACCGUUGAACAGCAGGACAAAAUCCUCUGUCAAGCUAGAAAUGAAAUCGAUGCACUAUUACAGGAAAUAAUGAAUUUCCGCUUUCAGCGCCAUAUUGCCAGAAUGAACAGUAACUUGAGUUUAGCAGAUAGCGGAUUCGGAUCUGACGCCACGGCGUCUACGGCUAAUGCUGAUUCAGGACGCCAGUUUUGUUUCGGUUGCUUGUCAAUGUACUGCAAAGAUUGCUUAGAAAUUCAAACAAUAGCGCUUAAACAAGUGGAAGAUCUGUUGCUGCGGUUGGAAUCCAAAGAAAGUCUAUUCCCUUCGUCCAAAGCUAUGGGUGCUUCAUUCCCCAUAUAUAAAAGCGAUGAAUUCGUUGGAAGAGUGAAAGCGAUGUGUCUAUGGUAUAAUAUGACCAAACAACAUCGGCUUACGUUACUUAUUCUGGGUAAGCUGUUGGCACGACUUCAGGGAAACAAAAAGUCAUACCACUGGCCAAUACUGGAGACUGACAGUUCUACAAGUUCUUCGAUUCAAGAGGAAAACGGUGACGUAGGUCAUAAUGGACACGCAGAGUCAACUUGUACCUCAUCUGAUAGUUGCAGUACCAAACGAGUUCAGUUUAUCGACGAAGGCAGUGCCUCGGAAAGUGCCAACAGUGAUGAAUCAGGCCGUGAAUACUCAGACAUCGAAGAUUUAUCUAUCAGACGGCAUUUUUCUUUCACAGAGGAAACAGAGAUGAGUCAAUACAUGAACACCUUAAACUUCUACAGUGUGAACUCUAUAACGGAAGUUACCGCACACACUGCAAACAAUUCAACGUCAUUGUACCGCAAGUAUAUUGAGAAUGUGUUGAAAACCAGAGGAUUAGGAAAAUCUCUCACAUUUUUGCACCGUUUACAUAACGUUGUGCUACGAAAAGCUCAGUUGACGCUUGAGAAACCGGGGACUCACGAACACGAGGACGACUACCUGUUUGACCAAGAGGAUGUGCCUUGUAUUGAACCACCCCUCGAAAAGGUUCAGGAGAAUGAACUACGCCGUUAUGGAGCCUGGAGUGAAGAAGCCAAAAAGUUGAAUCUUCCCUCUUACGUUUCAGCUUUCAUAUUUCUUUCACUUAUUCCGUUGGAAGUGAUUCAAGAGUUCCUUAAGAUGCGUUUAGAAACAAAACCAGUGCAACCAAAUCCGCUUAGCCUUGAGCAGCACAUCAAAGAACUUAAGGAAGGCCUUACAUUAGCCAUGAUUCAUCGCGAUCGCUUUCAAAAGCAUAUUAAUACUGCGCUCUAUGAUCGAGAAAUGGAGCUGGAUAAGUACAUGGCAGUUUUGGAGACAUUCGACGGCACAGUAAGAAAGAUAUUUGAGCUAUACUUGGAAUUUGCCGAACAGUGGAUAUUAGUGGCCACUCCAGAAUGCCACCAAAAGUCCGCAUUGGACGAAGAAUGGCGUUUUACAAAACUCGUUUGUCCAAUGAUCCCUGGACAACAUGCCGCCGCUGCAAAGCGAUUCUGUAAUAUUGUCGAGAAGGUGCUAGAGAAUACGGGUAGAAAAAUGUAUUCACGUUUACGUGAUUUAGAGGAUCAGAUCAAAUUGAUCGACAAUAGUGAUAGUGAUAAGUGGGAUAAAAAGUGGCAGUUCUUGACCUUAUGUCGGGAAACUCAGGAUGUAUUCACAUUUGCUCGUGAGAAAACUAUGAAAACGAUGGCCUUUACAAAGGGACUGUUUCGUGAUCUGGAAAAUGUUGACUUCCAUCGAGACCAUUGUGAUGAGUGUGAUGAAGAUUUAAAUGAUGGUGUCGUGUUGAGGAAUUCAGCUACACAUGUAAAACAUGUAAAAAGCCCAGUGUGUCAAGAAGUAGUGGACAGUUUACGUUUGCUGAAGAAAAAUGCCUUACUUUUUAGAAACAAGUUGACAACUGUGAUCGAGAAUCUGCAGAACGAGUGCCAUGUUCGAAAUAUGGCCGAUAUGGACGAAAGUGAUCGUAUAGCUGUGUUAUCCAGAACGCGUGAAAUUCUACACCAAGGAUACAAAUUUGGGUUUGAGUAUCAUAAGGAUCUGGCGAGACUCUACGAAGCGAGAGCUGAAAACUGUCGAGAUCCGGAAUGUGAACUCAAGUUGUCUAACGCAAUCGUUCACUUUGCGAAGCUGUGGAUGAAGUUUGUGACGGAGCGUUGUGAGCGUGGACGUGGGCUUCGACCUCGAUGGGCCAAUCAAGGUUUAGAAUUCCUCAUUUCCGCUUGUGAUCCGCAGUGUACCAGCCAUUUGAGCAAUAAAGAAUUUGAGGAUCUCAAAUCCAAGAUGGAUGCCUGCAUUUCACAUGUUAUUGGUACCAUCCGAGAACCAGAACGAAUACGUCGAUCACCUCGCUCUAGGAAAAGUUCACCUUCUCCAUCGCCAUCACAAGGUCGGGCUUCGAUCCCUAAUCUAACUUCAACCAAACCUUUCCAAAAUCAACUAAGUUUACGGGAGGACUCAGUGAUGUUACGACCACACCAUUUGAUUGAUUCGGCUGAUAUAUACAAAAAACAAACGUCAUACGAGGGAGUACAAGACAUAAAGAUUCGUGUACCGACUGGCUCUUUGAUUGGUACGAAGCCUUUGCGUCAGCUGCGAGUACGUGACGCCAUCAACAAACUCGAUAACGAGCUGGAUGAAAAGUUACGUGAGCGCAGUCUGAUUGGAAACGUCAAGGAGAUAAGUUUCUGUGAUAAGGUAUUGAACCGGGCUCGUAGCGUGAACUUCAGCUGGCAUCGUGGCAUUAAAAUAGGUCAGGGACGUUUCGGUAAAGUUUAUACUGCGGUCAAUAAUUCGACUGGUGAACUUAUGGCGAUGAAGGAGAUUGCCAUACAGCCGGGAGAGACUAGCGCAAUACGAAAGGUCGCUGAAGAGCUCAAGAUAUUCGAAGGCAUAAACCAUAGGAAUUUGGUCAAAUAUUAUGGCGUUGAAGUUCAUAGGGAGGAGUUGCUUAUUUUCAUGGAGCUGUGUCCCGAAGGUACCUUGGAAAGUUUAGUUGAGCUGAAUGGCGGCCUCCCGGAAGCGCAAACGCGUCGCUAUACGGCCCAGUUGCUGUCGGGUGUGAAAGAACUCCAUCGCCACGGUGUUGUUCAUCGUGAUAUUAAAACGGCCAACAUAUUUUUAACCAAAGAUGGGAAUUGCUUGAAGCUGGGAGAUUUUGGGUCUGCUGUUAAAAUACAAGCUCACACCACGAUGCCUGGUGAACUGAAGGGAUACGUUGGAACGCAAGCUUAUAUGGCACCGGAGGUGUUCACCAAAACUAACAGCGAGGGACACGGAAGAGCUGCUGACAUCUGGUCCGUAGGAUGUGUCGUCAUCGAAAUGGCUAGUGGCAAGCGUCCUUGGUAUCAGUUCGAUUCCAACUUCCAAAUUAUGUUCAAAGUCGGUAUGGGUGAGUCUCCGGAAAUACCUGACUGCCUAUCCGAAGAAGGUCAUGAAUUCGUUGAGUGCUGCCUGCAGCAUGAUCCAAAAGAUCGUGGGUCGGCUGGUGAACUACUACACCACAAUUUUUGCAAGGUGAGCGACGAUAGUAUUGAAGUUCCAGGAAUUAAAGAGGUACGUCGUUCGUUUCGUCGUAACCUAGGGUCCUCUUCAUCGGGAAACGCCUGAUUGUAAAUUGGAUGAUUUGUAUGAUAGAAUAGCAGUGCAUAAUCAAUCAAAACGUCGUUUUCCUUCUGUUUCAACUACACACACAAUUACGAGUAUCAUAAAGACUGUUGAAGUAUUGAAGCUACAUCGAGCGAUCAAAGAAAAAGGACAUUAUUACUUAAUCUCAUGUUGAAAUCCUACCUACUGUUUUUGUCGGAUGGACACAUAAACCAACACACAUACCUUAAACAUUCCAAAGACUCUUCGACUAGGAGUCGAUAAAUGAGUGGAUGGAGAGCUAUUUCUGUUAAGCUUAAUUGCAUAAUCUGCACAGCAGUGUUAGGAGAAGGCUCGGAAACAGUAGGCAAAUGGUACUACUUGUGCAAGUACGAAUUGGUUUUAAGGUUAGUUGUUGAUCAUGGAUCAUUAUCCCCACAAAUAGUACUGUUGCUAGACUUUUAUUUAAUAUACACUUACUGUACGUGAAACAAAGUCAA